AUGUAAUAACAUGUGGAUCCAUCAACUUAAAUUCUUAAGCUGAUUACUAUUCUAAACUAGAAAGGAUAGGAAGUUGUAGAUAAAAAACCUGCCAUUUUUAAUGAGAUAAUCAAAAUCACAAAAUAAGUAAUUGAAGGAAAAUAGGAUUCUUAACAAAUUCAGAGACUUCAAUAGGAUGAUUUCAUUUUGUGGGCUCGCAAUCAAUUAUAAGAUAAUAAAGCUUAAAGUAAUAUGAGAAUACUCAUAUUGUAGUUCGAUAAUAUGCAAUCAAGUUUUUGAGAUACCUCAUUACAGAUUAAAAGAUUCUUGGAAUAUACCGACAAAAAGGAGUGCAUUAUUUCAUUGCUCGUUCAUUACAAAGAGAUUGUAAACAACCAACGAAGAACGAUAGCACAAGUAGACAACAGCAAUAGCCACAAUACAUUUAGUAAGAAGUUCUAUAAGCAUUGAAAUUCUCAAAUAAAUGGUUGGAAAAAUUGGGUGGAUGCUAAAAUCAAAAUUUAACAACAACAAGCAAAUUCCCAAAAAUUUUAGGGAAUGCUUUAGUAGCAUUGGCAGAAUCUUGUGAAGAAUCUCUAAAAAGAUAUGCUAUAUUAACAUUAAGAGCUUUUGCCUUAAAUGCACCAGAAAUGUGUAGUUGGUGUGGAGGUAUAAGAAUAUUAAUUGAAAAUGCAAUGGAACCAAACUUAUCUGCAAUAUCUGACUAAAUUGUAUGGACUUUAUUGUAUUUAUUAAAUGAGCCUUCCGCUCGAACUACAAUAAGAAUGUAUUUAGAUUUAUCAAAAUGGUUUUCAAUUUUUACUGAAAUAGAUCCCCCAAUUGAUCAAGCAAAAAAUGAUAAAAAUAGAACCACAAACAAUAAUUUUGAAGCAAAUUUGCAAUUGGCAAAAAAAGCAAUAAUCACAGUACUCAAAUCUUGGCAGGGUCUAAUUUAUUUAGGAGAUGAAAGACAAGCUCUAAAGUCAUUAAUAUAAGUAUUAAGACAACCAAUCAAACCAGCAAUUAGAAAUUCUAUUUAUGAUAUUUUGAAAUCAUUAUUAUAAUUAGGAAAUAAAGAGAACGUUGGAGUUAGUGUAGUCAAUAGAUAAUAGUAAUAAGAUGGAUUUAUUGGAGAGUAUAAAAUCAAUAAUUUACUCAAUAAUUAUUUAGUUAUGUUAGUUUAGGUUUUAUUGGACUGUGAUUUAUUCAAAAUAUUGGUUGAAUUAAGUGGAUUACCAGAUUAAGAUGUAUCAGGUCCAGCAUAAAGAUUUUUAAAGGAGCUAUCCUCUUUGAUGUUUAAUUUAAUUCCAGAUUGUCAUAAAUAUACAGAUUUUUUAAUUGCUGCUGCUAAUCAAAACGAUCCCUUUUUAUAAGAUUUAAAAUCAUGGUCUUCUGAAAUUGUGAAUACUAUGGGUAAUUAUGCUUUUGAUAAUACUAAUAAGAAAGGAAGGAAUUAGAUUUCAAAAUUUUUAUAUUAAUGUGAAAGCUUAUAUUUGACUACACAAUUAGGAUUACCAACACAUAAGAUUAAUAAUGAAACUGUUGGAAUCAUUCGUGGAUAAAUUGAAUAAGAGGCUGAUUAAAAUAAAUUUGAAACUCUGUUAAGCAAAUCUUAUGUAUUAGAGAGAAGGGAAGAUAAUUCAAAGUGGAAUUGGAAUUACAUAUUAGACUUAUUGGAAAAUUACCUAUAUGAUGAAAAUAGAUAUUAAGAAACAAUUAAGAAUAGGUUUUUAAAAAACCUUCUAACCUAUUACUUUCCAUCAAACAUGCAGUUUUGUAAAAUGGAUUGGAAGCCCGAUUUUAUUCAAGCCAAGUGCGGUUAUUUAUUAUUAAAAUUGUUGCUUAGAGAUAAAGUUGGAAGAGAAAUUAUUUCAUCAACUACAGGAGGAUAUUUGGGAAUAGCAAAAAGCUAUAUAUAAGAUUUAAUUAGUUUAUUGAAAGCAGACAACUCAAUAAUCUUAGGUUUAAAGUCCUCUGUUGAUUAAAAUGCUUAAAGACAUGCUGCCCAAUUCUUAUUGAAUCCUGAAUAAUACUCACAGAAGAUGAUUCGAGAAUACAUCUCUUGGAUUGGACUCUUUUCCUGUUCAAAAAGUGGAUAAACUAUCCUGGAGAAUACUGGAAUAUUUGCAAUAUUAAAAGACUAUAUUUUAGAAAGCGGAAUCAGAGAUCAUGUUCUCAUACAUGUAUUUAUUGAAUUUAAUAGUUUAGUUAAUUCACUCAUUCGAUUAUGGAAAACAAUCUUAGGCCAGGGUCUUUUUUAGUAAUUGCUUAGAAGAUGGAUCGAACACUCUUAUCAAAGCAUGUCUUGAUUUCAUUAGAUUACUAUACAGAAGUGAAUUACAUGAUUUUAAUAUUUGGGCUAUUGACUUGUUGAUAAAUUGCUUAAAAAAAACUGAUGAUAUAGGACUAAAAGCCUUAUCAGUUAUUGAAGAAGUGACUUAAGAUAUAGAGAAUGCAAAUAGAUUUUUAGAAAAAGUAGACAUUCAUCGAUUAUUACAAUUGUGUUAGAAAUGUGAAAGUCAACUGAUAAUCAUGCUUUUAUCUCAUAAAAAAGGAUUUGAAAAAAUUUAUAAAGAUCUAAAUGAAUAUUUGUUAAACGAAAUUGAAAGGUGGAAAUAGAGUGAAUGUGAGAAUUAUAUUGAGAAGGUAGAAAAAGUGAUGUGUGAUGCCUUAGAAUUUGUAUCAUCUGAAGAAUAACAAUACCUAUUCAAAUUUCCUUUAUUAUAAAAUAAUAAUGAAAAUCCAAAUGCAUCUAUUGGUUUUGUUUAUAAGAUGCCCUGGAGUAUGCUUUUGAAUUGCGAGCUUGGUAGCGAAGGAAACGGUAUUCUAUUUCAUUUAAAUAGAUCUCGUUUACUUGAAUGUAACAAUUGAUUAUCCUGGAACUACUAAUUUAUUCAUAUUGGUUGGAAAGAGUGAUCGAUUUAUUUAAUUUCAUAGCAACAAUCCUUUUGUUCUUAAACUUCAAAUAAAUGUUGGCAAGAUUUUUGUAGACUAGUCAUUUAAAGAAGUUACAGAGCCAUAUUUAAUAAGAUGUGAUGCAAAUGAUAAACGAAAUAAGUCAUACGUAAAGGAUAAUUAAUUGAUUAUCGAAAAGAAUGGAAUUUUGUUCAUAUUUGAUUGUAUUUAAUUUAAUCAUUACUUAGAAUUUGACUCAAAUUUGAGAUUAAAUCAAAUAAAAGUAUAUGUUAGACUAGGAGAAACCAAAAAUAAUACUAUUAAGAUGCCUGCACAUAUUUUUGGGGAGCUAGCAUUUACAGAGGCAGGAUUCAAUUUGUUAAGGAAUUAUAUUGACUAUUUUGUUUAAUCAAUUAGAAGUACUGAUGUGGCAUUCCAAUAAAAACGAUCAGCUCUUUGGGCUAUUGGACAUAUCGGAUAAAGCAAAUAUGGAAUUAGAUUGAUAAGAGAAUUAGGACUAAUUUAAGAUCUUGUCAAAAUGGCAGAAUAAUAUCCAGUAUUAUCCCUUCGAGGCACAUGUCUUUAUACCCUCAAUUUAAUUUGCACAACUAGUAUGGGAAGAAAGGAAUUGGAAAAGUUUCAAUGGAUCUCCCAUUUAAAUUGCAAUUCUGGUUGGCUAUGUAUUCCAAAAAAUAUCUAUCAAUUCUUCUAUAUAAGGGUAUCAUUGUAGGAAAGUCAUAGAUGUUAUUGGGCGUUGUAAGAAGACAUUUGGGAUAAAUAUUCUAAAUUUUAAUCCUAUUUCAAAAUGAAUUAAACUCAAAAGAAAAUUAUUGAUACAAUCUCUUUGAUGAGCAAUUCAAUAACUUAUAAAGAAGCUGAUAAAGAGUUAAGUAGUUUGAAAAAUUCAAAACCUGAGUGCUUCUAAGAUGUUGAUCUAUUCCAUUUAAUAUUGAUGAUGAUAACAUUUUAUUAAUUCUCAGCAUAGGCUAAGAAUAGAAUUUUUAGUAAUUUUGACAAGAUUUUCACGUAUUAAACGAUCAACAUUAUUAUCGAGCAUCCAAUCUAUUAAUAAUUAUAAUGUCAAGAACCAUUAAUUAUAUGA